AUGUCUAUCUUAAUAAAACAACCAUUGAUAAUAGAAAAGGUGAUAGGAGAAGUUGUGGACAAUUUCAACCCAAGUGUGAAGUUGAAAGUAAUUUACAACUCAAGCAAGGAAGUUUACAAUGGCCAUGAGCUAAUGCCUGCUGUUAUCAUGUCGAAACCUCGAGUCGAAAUCGGGGGUGAAGACAUGAGAAAUGCUUAUACUUUGAUUGUGGUAGACCCAGAUGCUCCAAGCCCUAGUGAUCCGUACCUAAGAGAACAUCUCCAUUGGAUUGUGACAGACAUUCCCGGAACAACUGAUGUCUCAUUUGGGAGAGAAAUAGUGUGUUAUGAAGCACCAAAGCCAGUGAUAGGGAUACACAGGUAUGUGUUCAUAUUAUUCAAACAAAUAAGAGGAAGACAAACAGUGAAAACGCCGUCGUCUAGGGACUGCUUCAAUACAAGAAGGUUUGCUGCUGAAAAUGGGCUAGGCCUUCCCGUGGCUGUCGUCUAUUUCAACGCACAAAGAGAAACUGCUGCUAGAAGAAGAUGA